AUGACGACCAUCAUCCACUCCUCACCGCCGGUAGAGAUCAAUCGCGUGCGAUCAUCCUCGCACCCUACCGUGUCCCUCGGCUCCUCCACCUCCUCCCCCGCCGCCACCCCGCGCAAUGCCCGUCGCAACGCUUCAUCUUCCUCCUCCUCCUCUUCCUCCACAUCGGCUGCGAUGCCAUCUUCAUCUUCAUCUUCCAUUUCCUAUCGCGGGAGCCUCAAUCUCACCGCCCUCUGGGGACCCAUGCGCUCAUCCUCGACCCCGAUCCUGCCCUGCCUGGGAUCCAAGGACUCAGUAAUGGACGACGGCGGGGGCGCUGGUCCGUGUUCCAAGGGCGGCUGCGGCUGCAAGAAGUACCGCCCCAACCCGUGGCGCAGGACCGUCUGCUGCAACUGCCAACACUCUUUCGACAGUCACGAAUUGCUUCUCAUUUCUGAGGAUGAAGAUGACGACAUCGACACCAACGAGGGGGAGGGGGCCGAGAGGCGGAGGGCCACGAUGCGGCGGCUGCUGAUGGAGGGGCUGGGCAGCGGCGGAGGGCAGGCCGAGCUCCGCGCCCCACGACAGCAACGUCUCGCCGCGCCGCGUAGGGCAAUUCGCCCCUCCUCCGCGCGUGGGCCACACCAUGGUGCGCGCCAGCUCCGACUCCUACGCCGAGGCGCUCCGCUCCUCCGCCAGCACAUCCCUCCUCUCUUCCUCCUCUUCUUCCUCUUCCUCUUCUUCCUCGAUUUCUUCCUCUACUUCGCUGUCGACUUCAUCGUCGUUGGCUUCCGCUCCUUCGAAUUCAAACUCCACCACGGCCUCGACCACGACCACGAGCGAGAGCGAGUCGGUGCCGACGACGACGACGACGAUGGCGAUGAUGAUGCGCGACUCGGCGCGGGCCUCUCGGCGCAGAUGAUGCGCAACCUGAGUCCCGAGGUGCAGCGGCUGCUGCUGAGCUCGGCCGAGGGUCGGCUGCUGGAGGACGACGAGCUCGAGGUCAUCGCCGAAGAGGGCGACGACGACGAGACCGAAGCCGAGGUCGACGAGCAGGUCGAGGAACCCGACUUCCUCUCCUCCUCGCCCCAGCCCAAGGCCAACCCCCGCUUCAGCCCCAGGCACCUCUUCGCUCUUGCGUCGGAGUUGACGCCCGAGUUUUUGCGGCCAUUCAGCGCCCCUAAGCGGUCGCUGUUACGGCACGGGGCGCGGGCCACGCCCGAGGCGGAGGCGGAGGCGGAGGAGAGGCGCCAGCGGCGUCAUCACGAGAAGGAGAUGCGCACGUCGUGGGAGCUCAUGAUCGACACCCUGGUCAAGCCGCCCACAGGCGCCGCCGAGACCGACGACGACGACACCAAGUGGCUCCGCCAGCGGCAGCGCGCCGACACCAACACCGAGAGCGAGACGAUCACCGGCGACCAGGGCAGCGACGACAAUGACGACAUUGGCACAAGCGACGACGGCUGGGAGGUGGGGGACAUCGACACCACUGGCGAGGAGGAAGUCGAGGAGCUGGUGAUCAUUCCGACCACCUUCAAGGCGCGCGAGGAGACCAAGUUCACGCUGGCGGCCUUCGCCGACGUGCCGCUCCAGCUGCGCGAGUACACCGGCCCCAAGCCGCCCAGCGCCCUCCUCGGCUCGCGCCACUGA